UCUGUGUAUAUUUGUCUAAACUAUUUAAAAUAAACAAGUUUUUAAGUUUGCACUUCAUUUUCAUUCUAUUUAUUGUUUUCAUUUAAAAUACAUUCAUAACAAUGAACCUGUUACCAAAAACUCACAAGGAAUUCAGUGAAAAGGACUAUUGGAAUAAAUUCUUCAAGAAGCGUGGUAAUAAAGCUUUUGAAUGGUACGGUGAAUACUUGGAACUGUGCGCGCACCUCCACAAGUACAUAAAAACUAAGGACUCCGUACUGAUUACCGGAUGUGGUAAUUCGGGCCUCAGUGCCGACCUUUACGAUGUCGGCUACUCCAAUAUAACAAACAUAGAUGUAUCAGAGGUUGUUAUUAAACAAAUGAACUCGAUAAACUCUCAUAGAACGGGAAUGAAGUUUGUUUGUAUGGACGCAAUGAGUAUGUCGUUUAUGAAUGACGAAUUUAACGCUGUUCUUGAUAAAGGUACACUGGAUGCUUUAAUGCCGGAUGAUGGCGAGGAAACCCAAAGGAGAAUUGAUAAAUAUUUUUUAGAAAUAAAGAGAGUGUUAAAAUUGGGUGGUCGUUAUGUCUGUAUAUCAUUACUUCAGAGUCACAUAUUAAAGAAGUUGUUGACAACCUUCUGUGAUAACUCGUGGAUGUUCAGAGUCGUUCGGUGUCAUGAUGCCGAGGAGAAGAAUGCAGAGAGUGGUGAUGGUACUACAUUACCAGUGUUUAUAGUUAUUGCUACAAAGUUUAAAGUAAUGCCACAACAAAUACUUGAAGUAUGCAUGGCUGGUGACAAAAUGAUAAGGCUAAGCAGACCUGACGAGGUAACAGAAUAUGUGAAAUCUGCUCAAGAUGCUGCUUUCAUCACAAAUGGACUAGCAAAGACAAAUCUAGAGGAUGACAAUGAGGUAUCAUUGGACCUGUACAAACCUGGCGAGGACCUACCGCGGUACACGCUGUAUGUGGUCGAUCAAAAAUGUUCGCAGGCCGUCAACAAAUACGCUGUUUUCAUUGUGCCACAGGGCAGGGAGUCUGAGUGGUUAUUCGGUACUCCGGCCGGGCGACGACAGCUGCAGGAUUCGGCGAGGUUCGGUCGCCUCGUGGUAGCGGUGCUGAGAAGAGGCCACCAUUUUGAUAGUCUCGACGCUGUGAAAGAAGAGUUGGCACAUUCCGCCAAGAUGCUCAUACCUUAUGGCUUCGUUGGACAGAUACCAUUCGUGUCGCUGGGCAGCGACGUGGGACGCCGUGUGAAAGUAUACGAGGGGCACUCGGAAAUAUCUGGAGACUUCGUGGUGGAAGAUGUGGAUGUAGAGGGCGCCACUCACCGCAGACUCGUGUUUUUGGACAACCAGUUUCUGGUGCAGUCGGAGGCGAAGUUGAAAACAAUAAAAAAGAAGAAUAAACCAAGAACAGUGGUUGAUUUCGGUCACAUAUCGUUCUACCACUCCUUCAUGUGCGUGGGAGUGCAGUUGGCUCGAGCUGCUUCCUCCCGGGUGGCCGUGCUGGGUCUGGGCGGCGGCAGCCUCUGCAUGUUCCUCAGGAAGUGCUUCGAUGGACUCAAGGUCACUGCUGUCGAUAUAGACUCUACAAUGUUGGAUGUGGCACAGAAACACUUCGAGUUGACCACCGAUGAGCAGUUAGAGGUGCAGAUCAAGGAUGGACUGGAUUUCUUAAGGGACGAAGCUGAGAAUGGCAAUAAAUACGAGGCCAUGAUGUUCGAUAUGGACAGCAAGGAUCGCACGUUGGGGCUCUCGUGUCCGCCCAAGCAGUUCCUCGAACCAGACGUGUUGGAUAAUGUCAAGAGUGUACUCACUAAUGACGGUAUUUUUAUAUUGAACCUCGUCUGUAGAGACACGUCUCUCCAAGAUUCAAUACUCCAAACUCUGAAGCAUCACUUCACACACCUGGUGAGAGUGAAAUUGUAUGAAGAAGUGAAUGAAAUCGUUUUCGCCACUAACACCAAGAAAUCAUACUCCACGAAUCAUUUCGAAGAAGCCAUCAAGAAACUGAACACAAUAGCCAGGGAAAAGAAUCUAGUGAAUAUAAAAUGUGUGGAUUUGAAAGACUUUUUGCAAUCCGUAACUGUGAUUUCAUAGAUAUACUAGCUGACCCCGCAAACUUUGUUUUGUUAUAUAUAUUGAAAUCGCUAUUAAAAAUAGUGAUAGAAGGGUGAAAAUUAAGAGUUGUACAUAUUUUUUUAUGCCAUCUUAUAAAAUAUAAAAAUUUUGUUCA